GAAUGAAACUCAAAUUUUUUGUUGUUUUACUAAUUCCUGUUUUACGGAUUAUCUUUAUGUCUUCGUUUUCAUUGUUGCACCCUGUGGCAGCGCUGCGCGUUUUGGAGUCAAUUAAGCCUGAUGUUCAGUUGGUUCCUUCGUCAGAUAGGCAAGUUGAUGUGAAACAAAAUACUAGACUGCGACACGAGGCGAAAGAUGCUAAACAAAAUGCUACCGACUCGGCUGAUGAUUUAAAACCUAAUUUGCAAUUGUUUACACGUUAUUGGAUGGCAGAAAGUGCACCAUCGACACAGGCUCACAUUUCUAGAGGAAGUUGGGCACGCUAUUUACGCUUCAAAGACACUUGCCGUAAGAUUUUCGAUGAGGAUUAUUUGGCUGAGCUUCAAUUGAAUAGCACUGAGAGUGGUUAUUUUCAUUGGGAAGCAAACGAGUUUCACCGUCAGCUUCGUGAUCGUCUAUUGCCUCAAGCGCAAGGAGGAAGUUUUCGAGCACUAAUCGGUUCACAUUUGUAUGUUUAUUUGGCAAAGAUUUUUAAUAGUAAAAUGUUAAUAUUUAGGCUUAGUCGUCUAGAUCCACGGUUAUUUGCUUCGGAGCCGAGGAGGUAUUCUUUUUUCAUAUAUUUGGUAAUAACAGGCAAUUUAAGUUUUUGUGAGGCUAAGAGGCAUGUUUCUGAAGCGGAUGAGCGGCACAAACUUGCCAAAGAAGAACAGCACAUGUUUGAGGAUUUUUUGAUUAAUAAAGUGCUACCUCCGGACAUGUUUGCACCACGCAGACCUCCACCAUUGAUGCCUCCUUCGAAUACAACCAACAAUGUUAUAAAGUUUUAA